CCCAGACGGCCGGCGCGGCGCCUUGUCCUAGUGCCUUGCAGCUGCUCCACGCGAUGGCCGGCACGGGCGGGCUCCAUCCCUCCCCGGGUGCAGCUGGGCUCGGGCGGAGGCGCCCGCCGCUCCUGCUGCUCGCUCUGUGGUUACUGGUUUGGCCAGGCGCUGCUAGCCCGGGAGAGGACCUCCACGCCUGCAAAGAGUCUGAAUACCAUUAUGAAUACACAGCCUGUGAUAGCCUCGGCUCCAGGUGGAGAGUAGCAGUGCCACACAACCCAGGACUCUGCACAGGAUUGCCAGAUCCCAUCAGAGGCACUGAAUGCUCUUUUUCCUGCAAAGCAGGCGAGUUCCUGGACAUGAAAAAUCAGUCAUGCAAACCAUGUACAGAAGGCACGUAUUCUCUGGGCACUGGCAUCAGGUUUGAUGAAUGGGAUACAUUGCCCCAUGGCUUUGCCAACAUAGCAACCAAUCUUGAAAUUGAUUACAGCUUCACAGAGUCCUUGGAAAACUGCACCAUGUCAAAGUGGAUUCCUAUGGGAGAUUUCAUUGCCUCCAACACAGAUGAGUGCACAGCCACUCUCAUGUAUGCUGUUAAUCUCAAGCAAUCUGGUUCUGUCUCCUUUGAGUACAUCUAUCCAGACAGCAGCAUCGUCUUCGAGUUCUUUGUUCAGAAUGAUCAGUGCCAACCAACAGUGGAGGAGUCACGAUGGAUGAAGUCCACAGAAAAAGGGUGGGAGAUACACACUGUGGAGCUGGGUCGUGGCAACAACGUCUUGUACUGGAGAACAACAGCCUUUUCUGUGUGGUCCAAAGCUCCCAAGCCUGUGUUGGUGAAGAACAUCGGGAUUACAGGAGUGGCCUACACGUCAGAAUGCUUUCCUUGCAAAGCAGGCACCUACACUUCCAAGUCAGGCUCUUCCUUCUGCCAACAGUGCCCAGCAAACUCCUACUCCGGCAAAGGAGCAACGUUCUGCCAUCAGUGUGAGCCCACCAUGUACUCAGAACCAGGUUCUGCAGAGUGCAAACCUCGCCCAGCCUGCACAGAUAAGGAUUAUUUUUAUACUCAUACAGCCUGUGAUACAAAUGGAGAGACCCAGCUAAUGUAUAAAUGGGCUGAGCCAAAUAUCUGCAGAGAAGAUCUCCCCAGUGCUGUGUCAUUGCCUCCUUCAGGUGUGAAAAUGAUGUGCCCUCCAUGCAACCCUGGGUUUUUCAAGACAAACACCAGCACCUGCGAGCCCUGCGUGUAUGGAUCAUACUCUAAUGGGUCUGGCUGCAUCAACUGCCCUGUUGGGACUGAACCAGUGCUGGGCUUUGAAUACAAGUGGUGGAACAUGUUGCCAGCGAACAUGGAGACAACAGUCCUCAGUGGAAUCAGUUUUGAAUAUAAAGGAAUGGCAGGGUGGGAAGUAGCUGGUGACUACAUUUAUACAGCAGCAGGAGCCUCUGAUGAUGACUUCAUGAUUUUGACAUUGGUAGUUCCUGGAUUCAGCCCCCCACAAUCAGUGACAAAGGACUCAGAAAAUAAGGAGACAGCAAGAAUCACAUUUGUCUUUGAAACUAUCUGCAGUGUGAGCUGUAAGCUUUAUUUCAUGGUGGGCGUGAAUUCCAGGACAGAUACGCCUGUGGAGACCUGGGUUGGCCCGAAGGGAAAGCAGUCCUACACUUACAUAAUUGAGAAGAAUACCACGAUGAGCUUCACAUGGGCCUUCCAGAGAACAGCAUACCAUGAUGCAGGCAGAAAAUACACAAACAAUGUUGCCAGACUGUAUUCUAUCAAUGUGACCAACGUCAUAGAUGGUGUCGCUUCCUACUGCCGGCGGUGUGCUUUGGAAUCUUCAGGCUCAUCCUGUACCUCCUGUCCAGCUGGGCACUUCAUUGACAAAGACUCUGGCAGCUGCUAUCCAUGCCCACCAAGUACUUACCUGAAAGCUCACCAGCCCUAUGGCAAUCAGGCCUGCAUCCCUUGUGGCCCUGGCACAAAAAACAACAAGAUCCAUUCUCUGUGUUACAAUGACUGUCGCUUCUCAGUCACCGUGGAAGGCAGGACCCUGGAAUAUGACUUCUCAGCCCUGUCUAAUAGCACAUCCUUUUCAGGGGAUCCAAGUUUUACCUCAAAAGGGCUAAAGUAUUUCCAUCACUUCAACAUCAGCCUCUGUGGCAAUCAUGGAAGAAAGAUGGCUACCUGCGCAGACAACGUCACAGACAUCCGGAUUCUGGGCAAGGAGGCAGGGUUCUCCAAAUCAAUUACCUCCUAUGUAUGCCAAUCUGUCAUUGUUCCCUCCGACAUGAUGGGUUACAAAACGAUAGUGUCUUCACAGCCAGUGAGCCUAGCAGACCGAUUUGUAGGAGUAACUACAGAGUCCACCCUGGACAAUAUCACUUCCCCUGCUGAGUACUUCCCUGCGGAGAAUGUGGGCUUAUCAGAUGUGAUAUUCUUUUUUAGAUCCAAUGAUGUGACCCAGACUUGUAAUGUUGGGCGAUCCACUGCCAUCAGAGUAAGAUGCAAUCCCCUGAAGUCUCCUGGAACUCUGUCUGUGCCAAACAAGUGUGCUGAAGGAACCUGUGAUGGGUGCACUUUCCACUUCCUGUGGGAGACACUUGAAGGCUGUCCUCUCUGUUCUACAGAUGAUUACCAUGCCAUCAUCAGUGCCUGUGUUGGAGGAAUUCAGAGAACCACGUAUGUGUGGCGGGAGCCAAAGCUGUGUGCAGGUGGCAUUCCCCUCCCAGAGCAAAAGGUCAGCAUCUGCAAGACCAUGGACUUCUGGCUCAAAGUGGGCAUCUCAGCUGGGACCUGUGCUGCUGUCCUCCUGACUGUCUUGACUUGCUAUUUCUGGAAGAAAAAUCAGAAGCUAGAGUAUAAAUAUUCCAAGCUGGUGAUGAAUUCCAGUGCCAAAGACAGUGAGCUGCCAGCUGCUGACAGUUGUGCCAUUAUGGAGGGAGAGGAUGCAGAGGAUGACCUGAUAUUCACAAGCAAGAAUUCUCUCUUUGGCAAAAUAAAGGCUUUCACUACAAAGAGAACAUCUGAUGGUUUUGACUCUGUUCCAUUGAAGACCUCGUCUGGCACCACUGACAUGGACCUUUAAGAGUGGACUGCCCACUCCCAUGCCUUUCCCACAGGACGCUUUGGGUGUUCUCCUUGAUUAAGACCUGCACUUUGAUGAACUUGCCAUGUGGCCUUAUUGGAUACACUUUUAACUUCAAUUCUUAUUGUACUUUUUUAAGCCUAAAAUGUUAACAUUCCAUCCCCAAAAAAGAACCAUGCCAAAUACAAAUGUGCUUAAAAAAUUAUAUGUAGGUAUAUAUUUGUAUGUCUCUUGCACCCUCUUCUUCUGGCACAAUGAUCUGCAGUGAAUUUAGCAAUCUGAGUUUCUGCACCCAUCCACAAUAGAUAUUUAAUCCAAAGUAAAGCCUGUAACAAUGUUUGAAUCUUCGCUAUUCCCUUGCAUCAGAUAAUUAACGUUCCCUAGGACAUUACUGCCAUAAAAUCAGUCUAUGUGGCAGGCUCCUAAAUCUCCCCCUUCUAGUUCUUUGGUACAGAGACCUGACUUUCAACAGACCUUCCCAAUCUGCUAGAGUGGCUCACUUUUGAGGCCUGUCUGCCUCAUAAUGACCUGCAGCAGGGACGCAGACAGUGGGGUAGAAAUUGCAGGAUUCUUCUUAUCCUACACCUCACCAACCUCUAAGUUGAUCAUAGCAGAGAAAAAAGCAUGUUACAGUAGCCAUGGAAAGGCUUCUCCUUUAAAGCUUAAAGCCUUUCCCCCGCUCUCUGUUAGCAAAUGAGAGGCUCUUCAUAUCCUGUCACCAACAAGGACCAGCCCUUCAGUUUCAGAGACGAUGACGGAAUAUGCUGUAAACAUUGCAAAGCUUUGUGGCCUAGACAGAGCAGCCAGUUCUCCCACAGCCUUUUGUACAGUGACAGUGGCACAGGGGACAAAUUCAG